ACACGCGCUUCCGCGUCAGGGAGCCGGUGGCGGAUCCCGGGACGUGGAGACCCGGGGUCCCGGCAGCGGGGCGGCCCGCGGGCCACGGCGGGGAUGCACCGUCGUGGGGUGGGAGCUGGCGCCAUCGCCAAGAAGAAGCUUGCCGAGGCCAAGUACAAGGAGCGAGGGACUGUCUUGGCUGAGGACCAACUGGCCCAGAUGUCAAAGCAGUUGGACAUGUUCAAGACCAACCUGGAAGAAUUUGCCAGCAAACACAAGCAGGAGAUCCGGAAGAAUCCUGAGUUCCGGGUGCAGUUUCAAGACAUGUGUGCCACUAUUGGAGUGGAUCCUCUGGCCUCUGGAAAAGGAUUUUGGUCUGAGAUGCUAGGCGUGGGAGACUUCUAUUAUGAGCUGGGUGUCCAGAUUAUUGAAGUGUGCCUGGCCCUGAAGCACCGGAAUGGAGGUCUGAUAACUUUGGAGGAACUGCAUCAACAGGUGUUAAAAGGAAGGGGCAAAUUCGCCCAGGAUGUCAGCCAAGACGACCUGAUCAGGGCCAUCAAGAAACUAAAGGCACUCGGCACUGGCUUCGGCAUCAUCCCUGUGGGUGGCACUUACCUCAUUCAGUCUGUUCCUGCUGAGCUCAAUAUGGAUCACACUGUGGUGCUGCAGUUGGCAGAGAAAAAUGGCUAUGUGACUGUCAGUGAUAUCAAGGCCAGUCUUAAAUGGGAGACGGAGCGAGCGCGGCAAGUGCUGGAACACCUGCUGAAGGAAGGGCUGGCUUGGCUGGACCUGCAGGCCCCAGGGGAGGCCCACUACUGGCUUCCAGCUCUCUUCACAGACCUCUACUCCCAAGAGAUUACAGCAGAGGAGGCCAGAGAAGCGCUUCCUUGACUGGGAAUGAAGUGGGCACAGCAACAGGCAGGGAGAAGAGGGAGGAGCUGGUGGUGAAUAAAACCUGGACAACUUUGUUUUAAAAAAGAACCAAAAAAACCCCACCAAAAA